AUGGAGGCCGAUGCAAAUGCCAGUUCGAAUGAUGUCCAGAAACAAGUUGAAUUGUAUGAGGCGCUGGUUGGGACAGGCGUGAAGCCGGGAUAUGAUGUGGUCAUCGCACGAUGGGAGCGGAUGUGCGAAUUCGAUCCGUCAAACCCAACGAUACGCUCAGAUAUCGCCUUUCAGCUAUAUCUCACGGCUUUAUUGAAGAAUGGUCUUGGCUCAUCUGUCGAUGCUGCGGUUCGUCGACGCGAUUCUCUGCUUGCCGCUGCUGGAGCUGCUUCUCCUGCUACCUCCUCUGCAUCCUCUGGUACAUCGUCUCUGGCUGCCGAAACACCAAAUUCUGCUUUUGAACCCUCGUCGGCCCCGUCUUCUUCGACACCAACUGCUGAAUCUGCCGCGCCCACCCCCACUUCCAGACUAGCUCCUGCAACACGCCAUGCGCCCUUAAACAUGGACGUUGCGAAGCUCGCAGCUGCACUUACUAGUGGGAUGGGCGUUCCUGGGAACCCUAUUGCGGUGACGAUCAGCGAGCCAAAGGGCUCCUGGAUCCCGCGACUUGUUAGAUUCUUGGUACUUACGGCACUCUCUGGUUUCUUCAUUCUCGUCAUGCUUGCCGUUCUUCUUGAGAACUCCGGCUUGAUGAAAGCUGGACCUCGCCAAGCCGAGUUCGAGCCCGCACCAGGAAAGACGUACAGGUUCAGCGACGUUCAUGGUGUGGAUGAAGCGAAAGAGGAACUGCAAGAGGUGGUCGAGUUCUUGAAGGAUCCGACCUCUUUCGCGACACUGGGUGGCAAACUGCCCAAGGGCAUCCUUCUUACUGGUCCUCCUGGAACGGGUAAGACCAUGCUUGCUAGAGCAGUUGCUGGAGAGGCGGGUGUUCCAUUCCUCUUUGCCUCAGGCUCUGAGUUCGACGAGAUGUUCGUCGGCGUCGGUGCCAAACGAGUGCGCGACCUCUUCGCUGCUGCACGGAAACGACAACCGGCGAUCAUCUUCAUUGAUGAGCUCGACGCGAUAGGAGGCAAACGCUCGAACCGCGAUCAACACUACUUGAAGCAGACGUUGAACCAGCUCCUGGUGGAAAUGGAUGGAUUCCUGCCAAAUGAAGGCGUCAUCGUGAUUGCUGCCACGAACUUUCCUGAUAGCCUUGACCCUGCACUUGUUCGACCUGGACGUUUCGAUAGGCAUAUCGCCGUCCCUCUGCCAGAUGUGCGUGGACGUGUUCAGAUUUUGAAACACCAUAUGAAGGACGUGGUUACGGAACCCGGUGUUGAUCCAAUGAUUUUGGCCCGAGGCACGGCUGGAUUCUCUGGCGCAGACUUGCAAAACAUGGUAAAUCAGGCUGCAGUACAAGCAUCACGGGAGGGCGCCAAAGCCGUGGGUUUGAAGCAUUUCGAGUGGGCCAAGGAUCGCAUCAUCAUGGGAACUGAGCGAAGGACCGCAUACAUUAGUGAAGAUGUCAAAAAGAUGACUGCAUACCACGAGGGUGGCCACGCCCUUGUGGCAUUGUACACUCAGGGUGCUAUGCCUCUGCAUAAGGUUACCUGUGUACCACGUGGUCAUGCAUUGGGUGUGACAAGCCAAUUGCCGGAGGAUGAUAGAUAUUCGGUCUCUCUAAAGGAGUACUUGGCGCAGAUCGAUGUCUGUAUGGGUGGGCGCGUCGCUGAGGAGCUGGUCUACGGACCCGAAAACGUUACUAGCGGAGCAUCUUCGGAUCUGAAGCAGGCCACUCGCACCGCUCGGGCGAUGGUGAAGAACUGGGGUUUCUCUGAUAAAAUUGGUCCGGUAUACUAUAGUGAUCGCGAAGAUCCGAUCAGUCCUAGCAAGAGCGACGAAAUAGAAGGGGAAGUACGCAAUCUGCUGAUAGCGGGCGAAUCACGAGUUACAAGUCUCUUGAAGUCGAAAGAGGAAGAGCUGCACAGGCUGGCUUCGGCGCUCAUGGAACAUGAGACACUAGAUGCCGAAGAAGUGAAGAAGGUCGUCAAAGGAGAACCAAUACGGAAUAUCAAGGAAGUCAUCCAAGAGGACCUCUCACGAAUGUCGGACGAGUCUAGCUCAUAG